GCUGCCAUGCAAACCCACUUCCUCCUCCUAAACCUUAUGCAUUCUUCAUGAACCCUCAGGAAGUGACUUCAUAAGCCACGCAGCCUGAAACAAAAUAACCAAUCACCCUUGUGAAGAGAAGAUCAUGUUCCGUUCUGCAUGACAGAUGUUUUACACCGGUCUUUGAGAGGGCUGAUCUUAUUUGUGUGCAUGUAUGCCAUUCAUCUGCAGAGUCAUUGGAGAAGUUGCUGCAUUCAAUUCAUUGUGCACGAUUUAACACGGUUUCUCUGUUGUUAAUACUUCAGGACCGGGAUAUUUUGGGUCAUAUGUUGGCAGAAGGAAGCCCCUCCUGAGGGUGUAACCUGAAGCCGCUGUUGUAUCACUGAGUUGCGGCAGCAGUCCUCUGUUUUCAUCUCGCCUUAAAAUGUCGCAAUGCUUGCGGAUAAGAAUAUGAAUGGCUAUCUUGGAAGUAGAGGAUUCAUGAUUGCGCAAGCUUCCUGGUUCGCGUGCAAAACAGCUGUUUGACGCCGUCUGCGGAGCGCGAGCUCUCAGGACGCGACGCGAAGGGGUUUGUUUCGCUAUCAGCUCCUUUUUUGGACGCGUCUUCCGCCCGAAGUCUCUCCGUGGCUGACCGUGCGUGGAGAGCAUCAUGUGGCGGGCGCGGUGCCAGGACAGCGGGGUCGAUCCCGAACGCGAGCGGCUCUGGGCCGAGCUCUUCGCGCAGCUGGAUCUGAACAAAGACGGACGGAUCGAUGUGAACGAGCUGCGCAUCGGACUCGCCGCGCGGGGGAUGUCGUGGAGCUCGGUGGAGGAGCAGAUUGUACGAGCUGGAGAUGUUAAUCACGACGGCCAGCUGGAUUUUGAAGAGUUCGUUGAGUAUCUGCGUUCACAUGAGAAACGCCUCAGACUCAUGUUUCGCAGCUUGGACCGAAACAAUGACGGUGAACUGGACGUCGCGGAGAUCCAGCAGUCGUUACACAAUCUUGGCGUGGACGUCACGCUGGAGCAGGCCGCCAAAAUCCUGCAAAGUAUGGAUAAAGACCAUUCCAUGACCAUCGACUGGUUAGAGUGGCGAGAUCACUUCCUGUUUAACCCUCUGCACAACAUGGAGGAAAUCGCUCAGUACUGGAAACACUCGGUGAUGUUGGACAUCGGAGAGCAUCUGACGGUCCCAGACGAGUUCUCGGAGAAGGAGAAGCAGUCAGGGUUCGUGUGGCGGCAGCUGAUGGCAGGAGCCGUGGCGGGAUCGGUGUCCAGGACAGGAACCGCGCCGCUUGACAGACUCAAGGUCUUUCUGCAGGUGCAUGGCCAGAGCUCUGAUAAGGGGAACGUGUGGCGCGGUCUGCGUGCGAUGGUGAAGGAGGGCGGCCUCACUGCGCUGUGGAGGGGGAACGGCAUCAACGUGCUGAAGAUCGCACCGGAGACAGCCAUCAAAUUCCUGGCCUAUGAACAGAUUAAACGCUUGAUGAGAGGCAGUAAAGAGGGAGGAACUCUGAAAGUUCAGGAGAGAUUCGUCGCUGGAUCACUGGCUGGAGCUAUGGCUCAAACGGUCAUAUACCCUAUGGAGGUGCUGAAGACUCGUCUUACUCUUCGUAAAACAGGCCAGUAUUCGAGUGUGGCGGACUGCGCCAAGCAGAUCCUGCAGAAGGAGGGCGUUCUGGCGUUUUAUAAAGGAUACCUGCCCAACAUGCUAGGCAUCAUCCCGUAUGCAGGCAUAGACCUCGCCAUCUACGAGACGCUGAAGAACGGCUGGCUGCAGCGGCACGCGGAGGGCUCGCCCGACCCGGGCGUCCUGGUGCUGGUGGGCUGCGGCACUGUGUCCAGCACCUGCGGACAGCUGGCGUCCUACCCGCUCGCCCUCAUCCGAACACGCAUGCAGGCGCAGGCGUCAGUGAAGGGAGCUCCUCAGUUGUCCAUGUUGACCCUGUUCAGGAAUAUCGUGGCUCAGGAGGGUGUGGUGGGACUCUAUCGAGGCAUCGCUCCCAACUUCCUCAAGGUCAUCCCGGCGGUCAGCAUCUCCUACGUCGUCUACGAGCACAUGAGGAAAGUACUGGGAGUGGGAACCUGAGAGAGAGAGAGAGAGAGAAAGAGAGACAGGUCAUGUGUGUGUGUAGAAAAAAUACAAUCGAAGACUUGUUUAUUUAAGCUAUCACUGGAGUGAUGUUCACCAAAAACAUUGGAUGUGAGGAAGAACGACAAACUGAGUCCAAACACUGAAAUAUGCAGAAUCUAAGAGGUGCUGUUCUGACCCAAUCCUGAAUUACUGAGGUUCACGAUGUGCUCUUCAUGUGUGUUUGUUGGUCAACAGGGCCCUGAUAUUCAGGUAUACAGGGUACGGCCCUCUGGAUGCGGUAAAAUGAACGACUGUGUGAGCAUGUGCUGUACUAUACUGUGUGUGUGUUUAACCCAGUGCACACUACUGAACUCCAAAUGGGAAUGGACAAUAAACUAACUUCCUCCCUUUGAACUUAUAGUACAAUUGAAAGUGCCUCUGCUUCGAGAAACAUGUAUGUUUUAUCUGUGGUCCAGUAAUAUGCCUCUUCUACUGUACUGAAUCCCUGUGUGCUCCGAAAUCACCAUGCCAACCAAUCAAGAGUUCUAGAAUCCUCAACUGAAGAUUCCGUAACUCAGAUUGAAUAGUUCACCCCAAAAUGAAGAUUAGCUAAAUAUGUACUCACAUUCAAGCCCAUCUAAGAUGUAAAUGGGUUUGUUUUUUCAUGGGAACAGAUUUGGAGAAAUGUAGCAUUGCAUCACUUGCUCAGCAAUGGAUCCU